AUCGGGGCUGGAGCCAGAGUCGGAGCCAGAGUCGGAGCCGGCCGCUGGGCGUGUGCUGGCGCGCGUGCUGGGCUAUGGCCGGGGUGAGCGGCUCGGGGACGGUCGAGACUGCCGGCGGGAGCAGCAGCAACAGCGCCGUUCGAGGACUGCGAGUGGACGGGCUGCCUCCCCUGCCCAAAAGCCUGAGUGGACUGCUUAACUCCUCGUCCGGCGGGGGCGCGUCCGGGGGCUGGCGGCACCUGGAGCGGCUGUACGCUCAGAAAUCCCGCAUCCAGGACGAGCUGAGCCGCGGAGGGGCUGGGGGCUGCUGCGGCGGCGGGGGGCGGACGGCGGCGCUGCUCCCCAAGCCGCCCAACCUGGACGCCGCCCUGGCUCUGCUCCGCAAGGAGAUGGUUGGCCUUCGGCAGCUGGACAUGUCGUUGCUCUGUCAGCUCUACUCCCUCUAUGAGUCAAUUCAGGAAUACAAGGGGGCUUGCCAAGCAGCCUCCAGCCCGGACUGCUCUUAUGCCUUGGAAAAUGGCUUCUUUGAUGAAGAGGAGGAAUACUUCCAGGAGCAUGGUUCACUUCACAAUGGGAGGGAACAAGGUGCCCAGAUGGACUUUACGCUGCCUGUCACUUCUCUCUCCAACAGCGACUGGAUUCUGGAGUCCAUUUAGAAGACCUGUGGGAGAGAUGCAUCUGACUGUAGGGGCUGUGUGUUGAGGGGAUACCCUCAGAGUCUCUUUUCCUGUUACUUCUGCCCAUUGUUUGUUUCUGGCAGACUGUCAAUACAUUCUUCUCUUUCUGCAAGCACUACUUUGGGGGGGGGGGGGAAGUCUGUACUGUUGUGCUGUGGAAAGUCAUCAGGCCUAUUGGGAUGAGAGCUGCCAGAUUAAUUUGUGGGCAGGCCAUUCACCAUUGACACAAUAUGUGGGCAGUCUGUCCUGAUGGCUAGAGUUUCUGCUUUGGCGAAUAAUCAGUGUCUCAGCAAGAUAUUUGAUGUCCCUGUAAUGGGGACUUUGCUGAAGAUUGGCCCCUCUGAUGAAAAAAAAAGGCCCCUCAAAAUGGCCAUUUAUUGGGGGAUGGCGGGGGGGGGGCGAUGCCUGGCCUGUGCUGUAUAGAUUGAAGUUAUCGAGUCCAUAUGGUUCUGUAUUAGGGCUCUACCCUGGGUAGGUUGUUUGCACCCUGUCUUGUGUGCUGUGGAUUUUUUUUUUUUGUCUCAAGUUUGCCAUGUGUUAAAAAUAACAUUUUACUGUUCCCUUUUUUUGAAUACAUUCUGCAGCUGUUCAUCUGCCUUUUAUUUCUGUUUAAAUGAGCUUUCAGGACUCUUGGCUAAGUGGCAUUUUGUGAGCCACAUAACUAACUGGCUUACAGUUGACUUUAUGAGCCACCUACUGAGAAGUGACCCUUUAAGAUAAUUUGGGUGCCAAUCCAUUGGUUCCUAAGAUACCACAGGAAGGGAGUCAUUCUUUGCUAGUCACAUGUAGUUGGAAGGAGACUAAUAUUAGGUUGUAUUUAAUAGGAAAAACCGGGGCAAACUGCAAUAUUUUGUAUUACCUAAACUUUUCAUUAUAAGCUAUUGGAAACAUUUUUUUUUUAAAUCUGCAAGCAUAUCUUGAAAAUGUAGUUCUAGUUUGUUAGACAGAAGUCAAACUGCUCCCCACGAUCAAAAGGAUAAUUGCUGUUGGCCUUAACCAUAUUUAUUAAAGUGAUACUUUUAAAAAUCA